UACUGUAAUGUUAAAGUUUGUAGGAGUUUCUUAAUGCCGAAUUGACAAAUUGACAAAAUUACCCGAAACUCUAGUGUACGAAUGAUCGCUCAUCCCUUCCCUUCUUUUUUGAACAACAAAAAGUAAAAAUAAAAAGAAAUGUAAUAUAAAUAAUUUGAAACCUGUGAAAAAAAAGGCUGUAGAAAGGUGAGAACUUUCACAUGAGAGCAAACUACAAAUAGUUCUCAGCUUGAAUUCAAUUCCGGUUUCCAGAAAGGAUGCAGAACAGACAUUGGAAUGCAACUUCAAAACUUGACAAUUUCUGCAUUAACACAUAAAAACAAGUUCUAUCGGUCCGCUAAUAUAAAUUUAAUCAAUCAAAGUCCUCAAAGCUGUAAUAUUCUUUUAUAUACAACAAUUAGAAUGAUGUUCGGAGAUUGUAGCGCUGCUUGGGCAAUAACCUAUGGCAAGUUUCGUGAACACAAUUUGUCAACUAAAAAAGUUUUGCAUACAACUUUAUUUGAAUCGAUGUUGUUGUUGUUGUAGCGGUUAUCUAAUCCUCACAUUGAUGAUUUCCCAUGGCCAGAAUAACAAUGGAACUGCUGGGCCUGCUGGGCCUGCUGCAUCUACUGGUGCUACGUCUCCGCUAUCUCCAACUUAUCCAACGUAUCCGUUAACGAACACAUAUCCUGGGGACAAGAUGUUCACAGCAAAUCUUCGUUAUACAGCGAUAAGACGAAUAAGGAAAUCAGGCAACGGAGCUAGUAGUAGCUCCUCCAGUAGAAAUUCCAACAGAAAUCGCAAUCGAAACAGAAGUAGGGCUAAUCGCAACAGGGCUGCAAAUGGUAAAAGGAGGAAUGGAAAAAGCAAGCGCCGGAAUAAUCGUCGUGUAGCACCAAUUGUUAUCUAAACAUGUGUAAAUCUUGAAUAUAUUUAAUAGUGUGAAAAUGUUGUUGAACAAGCCAUGCAAAUGGAGAAAUGUUAUUAUGUAAUAAUUAUUUUAAAUUUUAAUAUAUAUAAAUAAAAAGUAUGCGCAUAAAAAUAAAA